AUGAACGUCUCAGAUCAAACACUUCGACAACUACGAGCUACCAUAAGGUAUUCGCUGGAUUAUGAUUUGCUUUCAACAGCGGAGUUUACUUCAGAACGAUUAAUAGCCCAGGAUCCAACAGAUCUUGAUAGUAUACACCUAUAUGCGCUGGUGAUGUACAAACUCAGACGCUACAAAACAGCUUACAACUUGACUUCUCCCCACAGCGCACAACAUGUUGGCUGUUCGUACAUUUUCGCCAAAGCAUGCUUGGAACUCAAGUGUGAGCCGGAUGGAAUCUCCGCUCUGACCAGAACCUUGCCGAUGUGGUCUCAACUAGCUCGAUCUGAGGACCAGGAUUCCAGAUACGUGCCCGACAGUGUCGCUUGCUACAUUUUACUAGCGAAGUUAUACGAGUCUGUGGGUGAUGUUCGUCGAAGUGCGCUGAACUAUUCGCAGGUCUUGAACUUUGAUCCAUUUAUUUUCGAAGCGUUUGAAGAACUGUGCAAAAUGGGAGUGAAGGUGAAGGUGAACUCCAUUUACAAAACCAACCCGAUAGCCGAGAUUUCAGGCUCUCUUUUUAACGCGCGUGACUCUUCUUUUGACGAAAAGAAGUCGGGAUUUGGAUUCUCCAAUCCAAGAAACGACACAAAGCCAUUUUUCAAAACGCCAGGACAUUCGGGACCUAAUUCAAGCAACAGCGACUUUGUCGCGCAGACCCCAGAACCUCAGCAAGUUAAUAACUCACUGGCAACUCCACGGGUUAAGCAACUUCAGAUGCCAGAGGCACCGAUCAGAAAGUCUGCAAAGAGCUCAAACUUUGAAGGUUUCAAACACCCCAGCGUGCCACCAGAUUCGAUUCGCCGAAAAUCCGCCAGAAACUCCAGUUCGAUCACAUCUAGACUCCUUGGACAUCCUCUAAACACAUUAACUGACACCAACUACACAUCCGGCAACACGAGUGCAUCUGCAUCGGCCUCAUAUAACCAUGGCUCUAAACGCGAUGGAACAGGCAUCAAACGGGUGAUAGGGUCUACGUUUGCAACAUCUGGAGCACCUAAGAACGACACACGGCUUGAUGUGUCGCAGAAGAAUCAGGACAGCCAGCUCGUAUCUGUCUAUUCGAAGCUGGCUAAAGGGUAUAAAGCCAUGUGUUUUUACGAUUGUUUCAAAGCCAUCAGAAUCUUUGACUCUCUUCCAGAAAACGAAUUGAACACUCCAUGGGUGCUGGGAAAGCUUGGAAGGCUACACUUUGAGAUUGUCAACUAUGAAGAAGCCGAGAAUUACUUUAUUAGGCUUCGGCAGCUGGAUAGAACAAGAUUGAAAGAAAUGGAGUACUACUCAACGUUACUAUGGCAUCUUCACAAAGAACUGGAAUUGAGUUUCUUGUCGCACGAACUACAUGGAAUUUCUAAGGACUCGUCUGAAGCAUGGAUCGCAGUUGGAAACCUGUUUUCGUUGAAGCGGGAGCCAGAUGAAGCAAUCAAAUGUUUCCAGAAGGCUAACCAGGUGGACAAGAAUUUCGCCUACUCUUACACUUUGCAAGGACACGAGUAUUUAUCCAACGACGCUUUUGAGAACGCUCUAGAAUGUUUCAGGCAUGCAAUUCUUCUGGACAAGAGACAUUACAAUGCAUUUUAUGGAAUAGGAAUGGUGUAUUUGAAGCUGGGGGAUUUCCGCAAAGCAGAGUUCCAUUUCCGCAAAGCUGUGGAAAUCAAUCCUGUGAACGUUAUUUUGAUCUGCUGUGUGGGAAUGGUGCUUGAGAAGUUGGGCAAGAGAGAGCAGGCGCUGCGCCAAUACAUAUUUGCUUCGAGAUUACAGCCUCUGUCAAUGCUGGCAUUGUUCAAGAAGGCACAGUCGUUAAUAUCGUUGAAGCGGUAUGAUUUGGCUUUGAAAGAUUUUGAAAAGCUGGAGAACCUGGCUCCUGACGAGGCGUCUGUUCACUUCCUAUUGGGAAAACUGUACAGAAUUUACGGCCGCAAAAACGAUGCCAUCAAGCAGUUCACCAUUGCACUGAACCUUGAUCCAAAAGGUUCUCACUUGAUCAAAGAAGCACUCGAAAGUCUGGAAGACGAAGAGGACGUGGACACAGAGCCACAAGACUCUUAA